UAUUGCCUUUAUUCUCAUUAAUCAGGACUGCUCUGCAUUUUGCUUGUGUCUAUGGCAGGGAAGAAGUAGUAAGUAUUCUACUGAGAAAUAAUUGUGAUAUUGAUGCUGUUGACAGGAAUUCCAUCACACCUCUGAUGAAGGCUGUACAAAACUGGUCAUAUGGAUGCAUGUGUACAUUGUUGAAGCACGGUGCUAAUCCCAAUCAUAUGGACAAAAAUGGCAAUACUUCUCUUCACUAUCCUGUGUCUGAAGACAAUCAGAAGCUGGUUGAAUAUUUGCUUAAAUACAAUGCAGACAUGGAACAAAAGAACAAUGAUGGCUUUACACCACUUUUACUGGCUCUCAAGGAAAACAAAAUAGAGAUGGCAAAAUUUUUAGUAAAGAAGGGGGCAAAUAUACAUGUAUUUGAUAAGAUGAAAAGAAACACACUCUUAUAUGCCAUAAGAUGGGAUUCAACAGAUUUGGUCAGUCUAUUUCUGGAUGAAGGUAUUGACUUUUUCUUUAAAGAUGUGUUUGGAUGGACUGUGUUACGCUAUGCUAUUGAAGGCAUGAGUAAAGGUAGUCGAAACAUUCUUAUGGACUAUGAAGUAAAGUUACAUGUUAAAAAUAAAGAUGGCAGUCUAGCAUAUGUUUAAGCAGUCCCAGCCCAAGGGUAUUUACUAUGGUAAAUUUGAAAAAUAUAGAAGAGCCAGAAACCAAGUAAACAUGGAGAAGCAAGAUGGAUGAGGGAACAUGCAUUCAGAGAACCAAGCCUAUUAGCAACAUACUCAAAAACAGACUUCACCAGGAAAAUAAUGUGACUUCUUAAUUUUAAACAGGAUACCAUGAUAGAUCUUCACUUACCAGCACAACUAACUUCAAUCCCCAGGCAUCUUCUAUUUGAAGGACGAAAAG